AUUCUCCACACUUGUAAUGCCCUCCUAUGCAAAUUCACAGACACAUAAACAAUCUCUCGUUUAGACUAAAACUAAAACACACAAGAAUGUAUGCAACUAACCUCAACAGCAGUGCCAAUGUAGUUUAGGGAAGAAGUGAUGGCAUCUAAGCUUCUCUGUAACGAAGGGUUCUCUGUUUUCCUCCUACCGGUAUGACCAGCUUCCUGAAAACAUGAAAAAUGAAUCUCAAACUUUAAAAUGCAAACUGCAUAGACGAAACUUGGACUUCAAACCUUAGUUCCUGAAGAAGGAACGUUGUGGUCCUCCAAAACUUGUUGACAUUCUUUGUCUAAAUGCUCCAAAAUCAAAAACCAAAGAAACGUGAAUAAGAGAAAGCUAAGAAAUGUACUUAUAGUAGUUACCUGAUGAAGGCAAGGUCAGUGUUCCACUGAUAUUGUUGCACAUAUAAUCUUAUAACCCAAUAGAUCAAAAUCUCCUCAGAUGCACAAACUAAAGCUUUUUUUCUGAGAACUACACUAACUGAAAUAGAUCAGUACAAAUUGAACGAAAUGUUCAUCUAUUCAUUCAGUUUAGUGAUUUCUUUUCCAUGCCAAGUGUAAUUUGAUUAUAUAAUAUAUACACGUUGCAAUUUUUUUACAAGUCCAUAUAUAUAAACUAUAUUUCUGCCAUGAAUAAUCAACACUUUAAUGAGUUGAAUCAAACUCAAAGGAAAUUUUUGGAGAUUAUAUACAAUUUAAUAAAUGUAUAAAUAUAUAUAUAUAUAUAUAUAUAUAUAUUACAAAAUUGAGAUCCUAUAUUUAUUAAAUAAUUUCUUAAAACUUGGGGAGACAUUGUCUAUGCCCAUGACAGUCUUUUGAUCAAACUAUAUCGCCAACACAAAAUCCCUGAUGAUGGAUGCUGCUAAUUAAUACAUAUGGCUGGCCAUUAAAAACAGUUUACAUGCGACUGACUAUAUAUCUUCGAAUUUGUCACCUUGGUGAACACUAAAAAGAGCAACAAAAAGAACUUCUUCUCAUCUGUUUCAAAGAAGCUUGGGAAGCUGAAUCUGUUUAGACAUGGGUCAAAAAGUUAGUACUUAGUAGUGUCCUUUUUAUGUAACUUCCUGAUGUUUAAUAUUAUAACUUUAUUAUUGUUUAAUAAUGACUUUUGGAAAUUCGAACUACGAAAAAGAAAACUAAAACCAUUUAGUUUUAGUUUUCAUUUUUCAUGCAUGCAACAGUGGAUUUCUAAUUUUAGGUCAUUGGUUUAGUUUUCUUUUUCUAAUAAUAAGCCAACAACAGAUUUGUUGGGCAGAGCCAGCCUUGAUCUACCGUUAAGAGAUUUACAACCCUUGAAGUUAUCUUCCAAGCAAGCCAUCCUUGGAUUUGAGUAGAGAGACCAUAAUCUAAUUUAGAUGAAAUCCAAAACAAAGCUCCAAUGUCGGAGCUUCUUCCUCCUCCUCCUCCCCCACCGAAGAGGGCUUCUUCUUCUUCAGGAUUCGCUGAUCCCGCAUUAGCCUUCCCUGAGUUUGCAGCAAAGCAAUGCGUGCUCGAGAAAGUUCAAGAGGAAGAAGGAGAGGGGGAAGACAGCAGCUACGGGAAAGGUUCUUUCGACCUAAGCUCUAGAUUCUCAAGCCCUUCCGUCUCUCGAAACGAUUAUGAUUACGUUGAUACCCCUACAAAGGCUCCAUCCUUCAAGCGGCCUCCUUCAGGUUUGAGGGCCUCGUCGUCGUCUGGUUUCAGACAUGAACAAGAGACAGACCGCAGUUUAAACUCAGGUUCCUUUGUGGAACGUAUUGGUGAAGAGGAUGAGAAGAGAGAUUGGUCUGGCUGUUUCAGAAAAUGUUGUGCAUGCACGUGCAUGUUCCUUUCCAUCGUACUUAUAAUCGUCUUGUUGACGGGUUUGUCUGUGAACUCUUCACUCCAUUCAAAACUGCCUCAGGUUUAUGUCACCAACCUCAAGUUCUCGAGGUUGGAUUUAGCCAAUACGACGACGGAUCUUCUGUUGAAUGCGAACGUGAAGACGGUUCUUGAGCUGUCUAACAAGAACGACCAACCAACGCUGUAUUACAGCCCCAUGAAGGCUUCUGUCUCUUCCGAGAACAUAAACCUCGGACAGAAGAAGCUUCUUGGAUUCACGCAAAGCCCUGGAAACGUUACAUACUUGAAUAUUGCCACGAGGAUCAGAAAAUCAAAGGUGUAUGAUGUUGAUGUUACGUUGCUGAGGAACAAAGAGAAGAAUCAUGAAGCUGUGGUUAAAGUGUUGGUGAGUGGGAAACUGGGGUUUGAUUGGUUGGGAUUUAGGGUUCGUUUACCUGUUGUUAUUGCGUGUGAAGAUGUGAAGCAGAGUGAUGUGAUAAAUGGACUCAAGCCUAUGUGUGAUGUUCGAAUCUUUUCCCAAUGAAACCGACUAAUACACAAAGACCAUUUCAUCUUUGUUUUGUUUUCU